AAACCUUCAUUUGAACUGACGUCAUCAUACCGGAAGUAAACAAACCGUACCAAACAGACGCUCACAUGACCGGUCGUGCAGAUGUGAUGCUUCCCCUGCACACAUGAUUUCUACAUCUCCCCCUGAGGGCGUCCGGCCACAGAGUAACCUCCCUGCUGCCAUGGCCGAGGUGUUGGGACAGAGGAGCAUGUUGGGUCUCGGUGUGAUGUUGGCAUGGUUGGUGCUGUUCCACCUGCUGGUCAACAUUUGGCUGCUGUGUGUAUUCACCAGCCUGCUGGUGGUGCUCGGUGGCUGGCUCGGCUCACAGGCGGUCCUGGAGUCUGACAGUGUGGUUCACCUGGAGAGGUUCAUCUCUCUGGAGGAGAUUGCACCCUCUGUGGAAGAUGAGGAUCACUUGGACCAGGAGAUCCACAACACAGUGAGGAAAAUCAUCAGGGACUUUGUCAGCUCCUGGUACUCCACAGUGUCCUCCGAGAGCAGGUUUGAAACAGAAGUUCAUGACGCCAUGAUCUCUAUGGCCAUGGAGCUGAAAGUACGUGCAAGACAGGUGGACAGGAAGGAGCUGACCCAGAGGAUCCUGGAUCUGUUCGGCUGUCACCUGCAGGACUACAUCCGAGCCAAGGAGCUGGUGACAGAGCAGCAAAAGCCCCUCACCUCAAAGUGGAGCAAUGAGACCGAGUUGUGGAAAGCUUAUUCUAGGAUAACCACGCCUCACCUGGCCAUGACCAGCGACACAGUGGAAGUAAACUAUGCCCGAGCGGUCGUAGAUUUGUUGCUGCAUGUUUUGGUGCCCCCACCUCAUUUGGAGACCCGCACUGGGCGCUUUGUCGUCGCAGAGCUCAUCACUUGCAACGUUGUGCUGCCUCUUAUCGCCAAACUGUCCGACCCUGACUGGUUAAACAGUCUGAUUAUUGAGAUAUUCAGCUGGUCCAGCAAACCACAAGAGCCGAUAAAAACAGAGCCUGUGACGCCUUCGCCACCGAAACUACCGUCUCCCUCUGCCGAAUCAGAGCUCGCUCCACUGCAAGAAAUGCCUCCAAAGAAUAAUGAACUAACUCCAAUCAGAGCCUUAACUGAAACGUUUAAUCACACUGAGACGUCCUCGACUGACCUCGCCGCUUACGAUGUGAUCGACUUCGAGGAGGCGGAGUGCACGCAGAGUAUUGCAGAAGAAGAAGAACCUUCUCAACCCUUUUUUAAGCAUUACAUAAGAGGAAGCAAAUCCAACCCAUUCUACCAGGAAAAUGACUCUGAUCUGGAUUCUCCUUUGGCCGACUUUAAACAAAGCUCCAUUGACUCCCUGGUUAUGAUCGGCCCAGAGGAGGGUCUGUAUCACAGGCUGAAAGAUUCAGUUUCUUCUGCUGAGAACAGUGUGGAUCAGGAGGAUGUCUGCCCUAGUCCUGUGGAUCUCCCCUGCCCUAAAGUCCUGGUGAAUUCACAGCCAGUGGAACAUCCAAACAGCUGUAGCCCCUCACCAGUUAGAACAAGAGAUGGGACUAUCAGCAGCAUCCAAGAUCUGGAGAGGGAGGCUCCUUCAGUCAGCCCAGCCAGAGAUCUCCUCCUGGGUGUAGAGCAGAGCGGACCUGGGAGCUCCACUGAGCUGACAGACGCGAGUCCCCUGCAGGCCUCGUCCCCAAUGCCGGCGUUUAGUUUCGAGCCCCUCAGCAGCCCCGAUGGUCCGGUCAUCAUCCAGAACCUCCGGAUCACUGGCACCAUCACAGCUAAGGAACACCGCGGCACUGGCUCACAUCCCUACACCCUUUACACAAUCAAAUAUGAGACAUCCAUGGGCUAUGAGCAGCCAGGAGGCAUCCAGCCCGGCUCUGAGGACGCUGAAGUUGAACCAGCAUGCGAAAACUCUGCAUCCAUUCAGCCGGUUGCCUAUCACAUGGUGAACAGACGAUACAGCGAGUUCCUAAACCUGCAAACACGACUGGAAGAAAAAAAUGACCUGCGUAAACUCAUCAAAGGUGUAAAAGGUCCAAAGAAAAUAUUUCCAGACAUGCCGUUUGGUAACAUGGACAGCGACAGGAUAGAGGCCCGGAAAGGACUUCUAGAGACCUUUAUUAAGCAACUAUGUACCAUCUCUGAAAUCGCCAACAGUGAGGAGAUGCAGGAGUUUCUGGCUCUCAACACAGACGCCAGGAUCGCCUUUGUCAAGAAACCAUUUAUUGUGUCUCGCAUAGACAAGAUUGUGGUGAACGCCAUCGUGGAUACCUUGAAGACAGCAUUCCCUCGCUCAGAGCCUCAGAGCCCCACAGAGGACAACGAGGGAGAGGUGGAUGGAUUGAAAAUCGGUGGUGACAAGAAGAGCAAAUCUCGUAUGAAGUUCUCCAGUAAAAACAUCCCCUUUAUGAACGGCUCAGACAUCAGACCAUCGGUUUUGUUCAGUUGGGAGAAAACAAGCAAAGUGUUCAGUGGAAUGUCUUUAGGAGAUUUGCAAGCCUUCAUCUCAGAACAAGAAAAAUUAGACACCAGAGACCUUCUAGAGAGGGAGGAAAGUCCAGGGAUAGAUGAAUUUGGGGGCCGCUUGGACGUUUGCUUUAGAGGAAAAAGCAGUCGGGAGUCUGCAUCAGAGACGGCGCUGGCUGAGGUGGCUCUGAACAUCCUGUGUCUGCUGAUGAGGGAGCAGUGGAGCUGGCUGUGCAGUGAGAACAUUCAAAGGACCAUCAGGCUGCUGUUUGGGACCUUUAUCAACAGAUGGUUGGAUGUGAGCGUAGCCAACCUGACCUGCACCAGUUACUGGGUUGCGUACCUGCAGGUGAUCCAGGAGGCCGUGUGGCCUGGAGGAGCUCUGCCUACAGAGCCUGUACUUGAACGCAGCCAGCAGGAGAAGGACGACACCAGGCAACAAGCUUUACACUGCCUGAUGAGACUCAUACCAGAUCUGCUCUCAGACAUGUUGGGCUCUGACAAGUACAAACUCAGCUGGCAGACUGCACUCGACUCUCUUCAGGAUCCCUACAUUAACAGACACCUCGUCUACUGCAUAUUUGAUCUUCUGCUGGAGUUCCUGGUUCCUGAAAUACCUGAAGAGGACUUCCAGACGAGCUUGCUGCAGACCCUCUCGAAGAACCCUGAGAAGUUGCUGGCAUGAGGAGACCCCCCCCCCUCCAAAGAGUAACACCUGCAAACCCAGCAUUAAUGCUCCGUCAUCCUAACCUAUUAUUCCUACUGAUACAUCUUUUUUUACAUCAAGGAUGCUCCUGUUCUUCUGAUGUUCUGCCAGGAAAGUGCAAGUUCACUGCAAAAACUCAAAUCUUGAUCAAGUGUAUUUGUCUAAUUUAUAGUCAAAAAAUUCUUAUUACUCUUAUGAUAAGCAACACUCAGCUGACAAGUCCAGAUCAACAUCUUAUUUCAAGAUUUAGGCCUGAAUUGCAUGCAUUGCAAUGCAGGAAAAUAUUACUGUUAAGUGUAUUCAAAUGAGAUGUACUGAACAGUUUAGAUAGAAGCAUCUCAAUUUAAAUGGCUCAAGUGAAAUUAGCUCGCUGCUUUGACAUCUAUGUAUUACAAUCAACUCAGCCUUUCUAUUUUGCUUUUUACGUCUUCAAAUAAGAUAUUUAUCUGGACUUGUUGUUGUGAAUGUGGAUUCUGUUAAGUGCUAUCAGAUAUUUGUCACUUCAAAUUUAACAAUUUAAUUCGCUCUGAUUUGAGUUUUUGCAGCGUGAAUGUUUAUCGAGUCUGGAUUUGAUCUCUGUGGCCACUUUAACUCCUGAGCUCCCUCGGGCUCCUCCUUUUUGUUGAUGUAUUGAAAGGAAAGAGGCUCUUGAACACUGUGUCCUGUAAACACAAACACUCUACCACAAUGUGAAGCAGCUUUGAUUACAUGAGAACACCUGGUUUGUGUUUGAUCUCGCCCGUUCACGUGCCGCUCACGUCUAAACAUGUGGCAAAGAGCCGCCUGAUCUCCACAUCCAGCACUCUUCCUGCCUCCUUAACUCCCCGGCUUCCACUAAACUCACUUCAGAUGGUCCUCACACUCUGUCCUCUUCCCCUGUACAGAAAAAAACCCACACCUGUUGUUCUACUCUGGAGAAGCAGGAUUGGCUUCCCCCCCCCCUAAACUUCAAUCUCAAAAUAUUCUCAUGGGAUUUAGCAUCACUGCGUCUGCUCUCUUUCGAGCUUUUCUUUAACAUCCCACUGGCUUAGUAUAGAUCCACACAUGUGAAUCUGACACUAUGUGAGCUAUACUUCCUCAACCUGAGCCGUCCUGAGGGAUCACAGGUCUCUGGAAGUGAUUUUAACCUACAGAUCCAGGUGUAGUAAAAGUACAUACUGUAGUGUAGUGUGGUGAAGAGUUGUCCAUGAGAUGUUUUACUGGCUUCACGGAUACGUCACAGCUUCUUUAACAGGUCCCUCAGAGAGUUUAUCUGUGCAGUGAAUGUCUAUAUUUUACAAGAAGUUGGCUCUGAAACAAGAGCUAUAUGAAGGAUAGGGGAAGAUUUUGGCUUAAGUCGGGUUAAGGAGAGUUUUAUUCGGUAUCUGUAAAACAGUCAUUUUCUGGAGUCUGCAUCCUUGAGAUCAGUUCUUUCUGACAUGUAUCAAUCAGUGCUGAAAGCUUUGGUUCCAUGUCCCUGGGUUAUCAGUCUCUGGUAUUUCUCAGUUAUUCCCAAAAUAAAAACGACAGACCUUGAUGUGUAUAAGGUUGUCACAGUGAGAUACUCAGAUUUUCACCAAAGUUUGCUGCAAGAGAAAGAGAGAGAGAUAGCACUGUCUAAAUGGCUGAAACAGUGGCAACAUAUUUGUGCAGUUUAGACAAGGUGCAGGAGAUUUCUUUCAGUUUAGGUAAUUAAAAACAAGAAAUUGUGCAAUAUUUGGUAUCUAGGACUUCUUUUUUUGUUGCCUUGGUUUUGAAACCGGUAUGGAUAUUGUUUGAUCUUUUUCUACGAUCAUAUCUAACUAUGAGAUUCUGGAUUGUUGACAACCUUAAUGUGGACAGUUCCCUACUCCUUCUUUUGUGGAGAAAAAACAAAUCUGCUAGCCGUUUUCCAGGCUUUUGUUAAAACACAAUCAUUUUUUUGCAUAUGCAGAUUUUAUUCAGAUUAAUUUUAGAAAGUUUGUAGGACCAAAAGCACUUCACUUUUUAUUCAAAAUUAGAUCCACCAAGGAACCUUAAAAUGUGGAGUUCUUGUUUUUUCUUCUUCUUUCUCUUUCUUCUUUUUGUCCAUUCCAGGAAAAAGUCAGGAUUGCAUGAGAGUAUACGUAUUCGGCUAUCUCAUUUCAUUUAAUCUCCCCAAAGGGAACAUAAAAUAUGAUCAGCACAUCAACCUGCUGAGUCCAGACAGAUUGUGAUGCAUUUAGCUGUUUAUGAAUUCAGUCAGAGGACGAGGGAUUAACACGGGUUUGAAGGUGUCGUCACACAUCUGAUCAGGUGUAGUCAAACUCUCCAUCAACAUAUAAUCCUGACUACGACAUUGUUUUGAGCCGUAUUGAAUCAUUUUUCUUUGCACCUUGAAAUCAGCCUUAUUGCCUUGAAAGGGUAACACAAAUCAGCGCUUCUUACUUGGCUGAAUUAAGACAAUGAACAGUAAAUAUUAAAUAUAUGUUAUAAACACAGUUAGUUUAGUCUUAUUGUGAAAGUGCACAGUUUUGAAGUUUAUUUUGAAAAGCCUAUGAAGUCAUCUCUCUUAAUUGAUUAUAUUGAGACAAAAAAAUGCAGUUUUCCCUCUAAUUUAAAAUAGUUCAACUUCUGCAUAUUCUGUUACGAGCGUUUUUGAAAUAGUCUUAGAAAUGUUACAUUCCAGCUGAGAAGUUCAGUCAAAUCUUCUGUUACUAUCAUUCCAGUGUUUGCACUCAUAUCCUGGUCGAGUGCUCUAAUCCUUAUCUUAAAUCAUCCUUUAUUUUCAUCAUGAAUUCUAUUUAUUUAUUAACCUAUUUAUUUCACUUAGUGAUGACUUGUUCUGCAUUCCGUCCAUUGAAGAACGAGAGAGAAGCGUCCUCUCUCUGAAGAAGUGCUUGUGACUUCCUAAGUGACCUGAUGAAGUUUUGGUCCGACUGUGCAGCAAUGAAACAGAACCUGAUCAUGCCUUAGUUAGUGAAACAUAAGCUCACAUUUCAGCCCCCUGUAUCAGAAGAACAUGCUCAGUGUUGAGCAGUUACAGAUUUUUUUUUAUGUAAAGAAAUUGUGAUAUAUAUAAAUAAUCUACUGCUGCUUCUUGGUGCCACCAUAACAAUAAAUAUUUGCUCUGGGUGUCAUAGUAGUCGACUGAGGUCUGGUCAACACUGAAAUAAUUUUACAAUCUCAGCAGAUGUUUGAAAUGAGAGACACCCCACACAGAAUCAUAGAUGUAACAGAUCUAUGAUCAAAGUGUUUGGAGAGCAACGAGCAGGGAUCAGGACAGGAUCUGUCCCAGUACAUACAAGACCACAUUCUGCAUCAGUAACAUCGUGUGUUUAAUUAACAUAAAACAACGUCUUUAGAAGUUGACUUGACUUUUACCUCAUUAUAACAACUAAUCAACCAGAAAUGUUAUAUGAGAAACAUUCCUGCCUUUAAUGAGGCGUUAAGGAUUUUGCUUAGCUUUCCACCAAAACAAGACGAGCACAUGAUGUUUCAGCUGAGGUUUCUAGUAAACAAACAUUUAUGCAGCAAUAACCAAUUUUUCAAUUAAAAUACCUUCUAAUAAUGACAAUCGUAUUUCUAUUUGUAACAACAAACGGAUUAAAAUGUUUCUUGUAAUGGUGGCAUUAAUAUGCAGUGUACUUAUCGGCUUUAAUUGAUGUAUGUUCGAUCAUUUCUUUAGUAUUUGCACUGUGCUUUUUGUCGUUUGAGUUUCUUGUACUUAUGCCAAAUGUUUAUUAAAGGGGCCGGACACUGAAGCUUCAUGUGUUGUAGAGACGUAUAUGAUACUGUACAGGUGUAAUUCUGUAAUCCAGUCAUGUUCUGUGUCGCCUUUACACUCUUUUUCACCUUUUUCUUUUUUUUUCUGCUGUUUCUCUACAUUGCCUCUGGUGAACCUGUGAAAAUGUGUUGUGCACGUGAACCUGUAAAUGUGUGUUUUAAAACAUUUUGCUGGUUGUUCCUACAGUAUGUGCAUAUUUACGACAGAAAAAUAAAAAUUGCAAACAC